AUGAGUACUGGAGUAAAAUGCCACAGGUCAUGCAUCGAAGCAUUUGAAGACUUGAAGCUUAAUAAAAAACAUCGAUACAUCAUCUUCCAUAUCGAAGAUGAUAAAGAAAUAAAAGUGCUUUGUCGAGCUGAUAGAACGGAAACGUAUCAUAGUUUCAAGGAUAUUUUAUUAAAAAUGAUGGAUGAAGGUAAAGGAUGUUACGCAGUUUAUGAUUACGAAGUUGAAGGAAAAGUACCUUCCCUGAUAUUUGUCUCAUGGGUUCCGUCUACACUGGAUGUUAGAAAGCGAAUGAUAUAUGCUGCUUCAAAAUGUGUAUUGAAAGCGAGUUUGGUGGGUGUUAGACGUGAAGUUGAGGCAAAUGAUGUGGACGAAAUCGAGGAGGAAGAAAUGCGCAAAAGGGCUUCAUAA